AUGGAAAAAGAAUUAUAUAACAACUCUCUGGAGCUAGAGAGCGCUACUCAAUAUUCUCAAGACAUUUCAAGCCUUACUUUGAAAAAUAAUAGUUCGAUCAGAACCACAGUAGAUUACUAGAAUAUCAAAGCACUAAGUGUUCUGGGCAAAGGUGCCUAAGGCCAAGUAGUACUGUGCAGAUCCUAAAAUUAAAGGGAAUAAAAACACUUCGUAGCUAAAAUAUUCUCGCAUACAGAGUAUAUAAAAGAGUAAAAUCUAAACUAGCAGCAUUUGCAAAACAUUUAAAAUGAAUUCCAAAUAAUGGAAAAGUUGCGUCUGGAAAGACAAGCUAAUAAACAAAUAAUUAAAGGACUACUAGCCAAGAAGUAAAGUUAGAAGACUCGCCGGUCCUCUAAUGAGGAUGUCGUAAUCCAAAAUCAAGCAGAUAAAUUCCUAAUUAAGCCUCUGUUUUAAAUAAAGGGCGACACUCAUUCACUCAUGGCUUUGGAGUUGUGUCCAGGUGGUGAGCUCUUCUCUCUCAUGAAAGCAAAGGGUAGUUUGAGCGUAGAAGAGGCAAAGUUCUAUACAGCAAACGUCAUCAUUGGUCUUGAACGGCUCCAUUAACAACUAAUUAUAUACAAAGAUCUGAAGCCUGAAAACAUUCUAAUUGAUGCCUAGGGAUAUUGCAAACUCACAGACUUUGGAUUAUCCUAGAUCGAUCUAAGGUCUACAAGUCAGAUAUCUUUAUCGGAGCCACAGAGCGGUAUCUAAUAAAGCUAAGGAACCCAAAUAUUGAAAAUAUCUGAAAAUAAGAAAUAAGCGAUUUAGCUGGAUGACGUAGACUUCGGUACCCCAGAAUACAUGCCUCCUGAGUAUUACAAAAGCAAUGUAUACGACUAUGCAGGAGAUUGGUGGGCUCUAGGUUGCUUAAUCUACGAAGUCGUUACAGGUUCCCCGCCAUUUUUCAACCUAGACAUGAAGAGACUCGCUUCAAGAAUCAUUUAUACGGACCCUGACUAUAAAAAGAUAGAUGACGAGAACUUGAAAGAUUUAAUAAAAAAACUACUUUCUAAAGACCCAUUAUAAAGAAUUGAGUAUUCUAAAAAUAUAAAGAAUCAUUAAUGGUUCUGUGACUUGAAUUGGAAAAAAGUAUUAGAUAAGACGAUGGCGGCACCUUAUGUACCUUCUGUUUCUAAAUAAGGUGAUUUGGUGACCAAUAUUGACCAUCAAUCAUAAAGUCUGGUGGACCUUUAAAACUUUAAUAAAGACAGCUUGGCCAAAUCUAUAGAGGAAUCUCAAGGUAUUUUGGACUCAUUGGUUCAGAUAAAACUAGCUUAAAGUCAAAAGAUGAGAAAUCAGAUUGAAGAGGCUAUGAGAUCUGAUGGAACAAUGGAAGCUGAAGAUUAUGACUACAUGGAAUAAGAUUUGAUUUCUAACUCAUCGUUCAUUACAAAUAGAAGUAACAAUAGAAGUGUAAGCCCGUCUAGUAAAAGAGGAAGCAAAGCUUCUCAGCUGUUCAUUAUCUGA